AAAUUUAAAAUUAAAAAAAAACAAAACAAAACCGAAGCUUGGAAAUGCAGUCCGCCUCCGUUACUUCCUUGCAGAGCUACUGCCACUGCAUCGUCUCCAACCCUUUUCGUCAACCCGGCCGCAAGAGUCGAAGCCCCACUUCCGUUACACUUCCCAACUAUCAAACUCAUCUUGGACACGUAUGCUCUUUCGUUCUCCUCGCCACAAACAACUUGAGCAAACAACGCCACACAAACCAAAACAUUGCGCACCCAAAUCGCAUACCCCCAGCAUUUCAACACCACUUCCGCUUUUCUUCCGACUCCAAUACAUCCAACAACCAAACCCCAGAAAUCCAACCCCAAGGAGGACAGCUAAGAACAGAGAGCAGCGCCACAAGGGUUUGUGAACCUUCUGCAAGCAUGUGGUGGCCGGACUUGAAAGCGGCGUUGGGCCAAAGAAUCAAUAUUGAGGGCAUCGUUUCUUCAGUGACAGUGUUCGCUAAAGAUCGACACUUGGCUCUACCUCAUGUUGCAGUACCCGAUAUAAGGCACGUUGAUUGGGCUGAGCUGCAUAGACGGGGUUUUAAGGGUGUUGUGUUUGAUAAAGAUAACACCCUUACGGCACCUUACUCGUUGACACUCUGGGAUCCUCUUGGGUCUUCGAUUGAGCGGUGCAAAUCGGUGUUUGGGCACAAUAUCGCGGUGUUUAGUAACUCUGCUGGUCUUUUUGAGUACGAUCAUGAUGGUUCAAGAGCCAGGGCGCUUGAGGCAACAAUUGGUAUUAAAGUGAUAAGGCAUAGGGUGAAAAAACCAGCUGGGGUAGCAGAAGAAAUAGAGCAGCAUUUUGGCUGUGAAUCCUCACAGCUUAUAAUGGUGGGUGAUCGGCCUUUCACUGACAUUGUUUAUGGUAAUCGAAAUGGGUUUCUGACUAUACUAACUGCACCGUUGAGUCUUGCUGGGGAGCCAUUCGUCGUCAGACAGGUUCGGUGUGUGGAAGUAGCCAUCGUGAAACAUUGGUUUGAGAGAGGUUUGACACCAAUCGGUCAUAAGCUAAUUUCAGAUCCCCAGCUCUGUGCUAAAGAUCCAUCUUCUCCGUAAAACUUUUGUUGUUGCAAAGUGAUUAUAGCUGUAACUAUCAACAAAAUUUUGGUUACCAUUAUAGGGAACUGAAUGGCCAUUUAUUUGUUUACUCAUCAAGGUCUCUUAGAUUCAGUAAAAUUAAUCAACAUUUUGGACUAAAGUGUUCACUGAGAGUGGAGAAAGUUGAGUCUCUCAAUGUUUCA